AUGAGCAUUCGGGGUGGUGCGUGCUGGAGUGCUACGUACAGCAAGCAGUAUGGCGAAGCCCGCUGGAAAUCGUUGCUAAAUGCUCUUGCAGAGGUGCCAAACCAACUGGCUUUCGUUUCUCCGAGUAUAUCCCACAGCGCGCUACGUUACCUGAUAAGGAAGCCACGGUUUGCGCCCUGCUUGAUCCCCAAUUGCUUCUCAUUUGAGGGCCCCACGGCAAGAACAGACGAUAAAAAAGACGAUGCAGCUGCUGAGUGUGCUGCAUCGGUAUCCUCUGAUUCCAGAGGACAGCUGCCGACCGAUCAGAACACGAGCGGCAAUGUAGCGAUCGUUGAAGAUGAACAUAUUGCCGAGGAGGCAAGGGCAAAAACAUACUUUCUAGACGGAGAAGAAACGGAGGGGCUGCUGGUGUGUAACGACAUCAGCCGCGACAGACUCGCUCGACUUCAAAACACCCUGAACAAGUUCUCUCCUCUUAACAAAGAAUGGCAGGCACCCGGGGGUAAAUCCCUAAUUAUUUUGUCGAUGCUAACACAAGCAAAGGUCCCAUCGUACAUCAUUGGAGGCCACAGCAUGCUUAGUGAAACAAACAGUGUCGAGAAUGACGAAGAAACGGAGGGGCUGCUGGUGUGUAACGACAUCAGCCGCGACAGACUCGCUCGACUUCAAAACACCCUGAACAAGUUCCUGCCUUCUUACUCCACGGCAGGACAGCGGCUUCAGUUCAGUUGCGCAGACAUCUGCAGGGGCGGCGCAUUUGGCACACCGAAAGCUCAUGCAGAGCGCCAGCUGAAGAUGCUUCGCAUUGCCUCGAAACUGCUGAAGAAAGAUGGCAUUCUUCUGUACAGUACUUGCGCUCUGUCGGAACUAGAAAACGAUGCUGUAAUUGAAAAGUUUCUGAAGAAGAUGAACGGGAAUGUAAAGAUACUGCCUCUGUUCGAUGGAGAGUGGCCCGCAGAAGUAAAAGUUUUAGACCAGACAGGAUCAGGGUUGUGCACAAAAACGGAACACAGCGACAACAACUCUUUGUUUUCCGUCGAAAAAUUAAAAUACGGAUAUGCAAUGCUUCCUGAUAUAUCGAGUUUUGGGCCCAUGUACUUCUGCAAAAUGCAGAUCACGGGGCACUAA